CCCCGGCAGGUCGGGGCUGUCAAGCGGCCGGGGCGGAGCGUGUGGGGUUGUUUUCCUUUCGCCUGGUGAGCCCGUGUUUUCUGAGCGCCCGGCGGAGGAGGAGGAGGAAGGCGAGAUGAGGAAGGUUCUGUGCGUGGAGCCCGUCAUCUUCGUCUACAUGUUCGCCUCCUCCCUGACUACCCCGCUGGUGCAGCAGUUCAUCUACCGGCGGCUGUGGGAGGAGGAGAACAACUCCACCUUCCUCGGCGGGGACGGCAAUGCCACCCGCUGCGAGCAGAAUAAAAGUAGCCCGGCUUAUAUCAAGCAGAAGGAAGUUCAAGAAAAAGCCUCUGUUUUUAACAUGCAGUUGGACUUAACUGGGGCAGUUCCCAGCCUUAUAGUUGCUUUUGUCAUUGUAGCUAAUGGAGAUCGCCAGGGACGAAAAAGAUCUUUAGUUUUACCAUCAAUGGGAGCUUUGAUUGCUGAUAUUUGCCUCACUGUAAUAUCACGUUUUGACUUGUCACUCUCUAUCCUAUUUGCGGUUACAUUUAUUACCGGACUGUUUGGGAGUAUGGCAACGUUCCUUGGAGGAGGCUUUGCUUUUAUAGCAGACGUGUGUCACGAUGAGAAGCAGAAGACCACACGAAUAGCUGUGGUGGAUUUGAUUUUUGGAGUUGUAACUGGAUUGGCAGGACUGUCAUCUGGCUACUUUCUAAGAGGAAUAGGAUUUACAUGGACAUUUGUGACAGCAUCUCUGCUUCACUUUGUUAAUAUUAUCUAUAUUGUAUUUUUUCUGGAAGAUACAGUAGGCGUAUCUGAAUUGCGGCACCAGGCACCAGCAUCUUGUAAAGAACUUCUGAGAGAGACAUUUUCUGGGGUGUACAUGCUUUUUAAAACUGCCCCUCAUAAAAAGAGAAUUUUAAUCAUUGUGUUACUUUUUACAUUUAUGACUUACUUGUUUACUAUGGUUGGUGGGAGUUCGCUUUUUACCCUGUAUGAACUGGAUGAACCACUCUGCUGGAAUGAAGUGUACAUUGGGUAUGGAGCAGCUGCCUUCACUUCUGUCUCUCUGACAAGUUUUUUAGGAGUUUACUUAUUUUCUAAAUGUCUCAAAGACAUUUAUAUUGUCUUUAUUGGGAUAUUUUCUUACAUUGGAGGAAUGAUCAUGACUGCCUUUGCCAAAACUACCCUGCUCAUGUUUUUAGUAAGAGUGCCAUCUUUGCUGUGCUUUAUGCCCAUUCCUGUUCUCCGAUCCAUGCUGUCGAAGGUGGUUCUCCCUGGUGAACAGGGUGCUGUGUUUGCUUGUAUUGCCUGUUUAGAAGUUGUGACGGGCACCAUUGCACUUUCAGUUUUUAAUAUUCUCUAUGCAGCUACUGUUGCGUGGUUCUCAGGCUUUAGCUUCCUCCUAUCAGCUGGCCUUUGUCUAAUUCCCCUGGCUGUUCUGAGCUGGCUUCUGUGCACAAGCUGGAACGGGGAGGACUUGGCUCUGCUCGUACCUGAAGAAGUAUCCAGCAUCGAGAGCGUGGAGAGUUGAACAAAGGAUUCGUCUGCUUGGGUUUUCUCCUCUGACUUGUGGUGGCAGAGACCAUUAUGUCAUACAGAGACCCUAGAGAUAACACAGCAGUUGCAGGCCCAGUCUCAAAGCAGCCCUGCAGCAACAAGCACUAAAUUGGUAGCGCUCUUUAUCCAGUCAUUUUUUAGCACUUGAAUAGAGCUAGCUCUUAGACUUAACUAUGCAAAUAGGCCGGCAAUAGAGAUUUGAAUGCUGCUUUCAGCAUGAAGGAAAAAAUGAGGUAGGAUGAUACUCUUUUUCCACUUACCCCUUUCUCAAGUGUGAGAGCGUCAGCUGUGCGUUGUGAUACAUCCUGUGUCAUUCUGAGUGAGGGACAGAGAUAACGCCUGUCAACUCAGAGGGUGCUGGCAGUUCUGCUGAAGCCACUGGAGCUCGUGCCAGCUGAGGAUGUGGUCUGCUGUGUACAUCUUAAAAGGCCUGUUCUGAUGGUGAAUCCCCCAAACCUGUCUAAAAUUACUAAGCUAAGAGGUACUUUUUUUUCAGAAAGCCACCAGACUGGAGGCAGUACUUGCCCCUGCUGUACGCAGACUGACUGCUCUGCACAGAGUCUUUGUGCAAGUUUAAUGUAUGAUGUGUGGACCUUGCCUGUGACUUAGUUCUUAAAAUGGAUUUUCACAGGGAACUGUCAUACUUACAAAAUCUCCAGCUUGCAGAGUGUGAAGUUAGGCCCAUGCCUACAUUUUGCAGAGGCCAUAUUGCACAUUUAUUUUUAUCAUUUUCCAUAUAUUAGGGACUGGAUACAGACACCUCUAUUUUUUGUCCUGUAGAUAUUUCUUGUUUUCUAGUUAAAUUGGCUGUACUGUACUUCCACCUUUCUUCUACUGAAAGGCUGUAAUAGCCUUUCUUUUCACUGGAUCUUUGACUGUGUUUUUUAACAACCCUGAGAUGAGGUAACCAAAUCUGAAUCAUGCAUCUAAUCAUCUUGCAAUGAAUGCAGCGUAAUUUAAGAGCACUUGAACAGCAUUUCUCAUCUUCUCAUCUUCAAAGCACUUUACAAAUGCUAUUAAGAGCCUCCUUCCAUAAUAGAUAUUAUCUUCCCUGUUGCAGUGAGAGAGAAGUCAACAGCAAGGACGAGACACUUGUCCAGGGCCACAGUGCAAACGGGUGAGACAGCCAAACAUAGAAAUCAUUUUCUGCAUUGACUCAUCACCUUCUUGCUUGAGAUCUUUGAGUAGAAACUGUCCAGAGUAUUAACUUCUGGAGUGCACAGCACAGCAGACGUGUAAAUAUAACACCACAUCAAGGACCGCUCCCCUGUGCUUUUUUCUGAGAGAGCUGGACAGAUAAUACUGUUCUGAUCCCUGAAAGUACAGGUAGGUUGUAUGUGACUCACCUCCCCAAAACAGAUUAGGUAGAGGAAUCAAAAUAACAUAAAGUGGUUGACAGUCACAGAAGGAAAACUCUAGGAAAGCAACUAUGAUGUGGGUCCUGACUUCACAGGCACACAGCUUAGGAUAAAAAUGAGGACGGACACAGCAUAUGCUGUGUAAUCAACAAUCUGCUUACAGCCAUUAAUAUCCAUCACAGGAACAGAGUAGCCCUCAGAGCUUCUCAGCGGUACUCCACAAAAAUAAAUUAAUACCGCAUCAUGAUACUAUUGCAAGAUUCUUUUUGUUUGAAUGACAGCAUUGUUUCCAAGCUAUGUGUCCUGAUCACUUGAGAACUUCUGAAGAGGGUUCAAAUAAGGUAAAGGAGAGUUUACACUAUCCAGGAGACCAUCAUUGGUGAAAACAGUGCAGUUUAUCCAGGACCAGGGGAAUGAAUAUUUACACAGCUGAUAACUACGGCCAGCUCCUAGACUUCUGUCCUGAACUACCAAGGCUGAUGUUGGCAAUUAAAAUUCAUUAGUUUUUCUUAACUAGUUUAGACACUGGCCAGUAAAUAAAACUGCUUAACUCUCCUCCCUUGAGGUGCCCAAGUUGCUGCCAACUUAUUGGAGAAGCUGAGAUUUACAAUAAUCAGUAGGGUCCAAAACAUAAUGAGGACUUGUAGAGAGAUUAACAAAACUGAUGUAAAGGAUUUCAGCACAAAGGUUACAUUGUCUUUCUUGCCUUGUCAUCAUGCAGUUAUGUAAGGCUUUUUAAAAUUAACUAUUUCACACAAAACUGCUGGAAAGAAGUAAAGCAAAUUGAGAGAUGGUGUGUGCCUUCACUUCCUUUCCAGUGCACACCUCCGCUAGCACUCGGGAGGUAACAGCACAGCGAGCCCGUUCCACAGUGACACUGUGUCCAUUCAAAUGAGAACAAACACAUUCACUUGAGGAAUGGCUUUGUUGUGGAUUGAUUUUGCUGUGCAAAGUACUUGCUGUUUGCAAAGUAUUUCUGGUAGAUGCAGCGCUUAGAAUUGGCUGUAAGUUCAGGUCAAAACACACAAAGGAUAUGAACUGUGGUUUCGAAGUGCCUAGCACAGUGCAAGCUGAGGAAAUCAGGUACUAAUGUGCUUCAGAUUAUUAAAUCAAAAUCUUCCAACUGUAUAAUAGUUGCUCUAUUUGUAUAUAAAUGCAAAUUAUUUUGACAGAAAUUAAUAAUGAAGUUUGUUUUUUAAAACUCUUA